GUGUGAGCCGCUGCCCUCCGCCGGGACCCUGAGCGCGCGCCGCGGAGCAGACCCACCGCAGCAGCAUGACGGUCGAGAGGAUCUUCGACGAACUCGGACAUUUCAAAAGAUUUCAGGCUUGUCUGUAUUUUGCAGCAGCCUUUCAGGCCAUAGCAUGCGGAAUCCACUACCUUGCCUCUGUCUUCCUGGUGGAGACUCCAAACUUUGUGUGCGGCGUUCCCGGCAACAUCACCCACGUCCUGUACGGAAACAUGACCGGGUCCAGCCUGGAGGAGAUCCUGCCGGUCUUCAAAAGCGGACCCGUGGUGGUGAAGACGGCGGACGGGGAGCAGUGGGAGCUCAGCCGCUGCCGUAGUGCACUACGCAUCGAGCCGGCGGACUUCACCUAUGACUUUCACGGCAACAAAACCGUGAGCGCCUGCGCCGGGAAGUUUGUUUUCGACCACAGCGAAGUUCGGCAGAACAUCGUGACGGACUGGGACUUGGUGUGUGACCGAGAGUGGCUGGCCAAGCUGUGUCAGCCCACCUUCAUGCUGGGCGUGCUGAUCGGAGCGCUGGUGUUCGGGGACGUUGCUGACAGAGUUGGUCGCGUUAGGAUUCUGAUGUUCACCAGCCUCUCUCAGUUUGUGCUCGGGGUGCUGGUCGCCUUCUCAGGAAACUACUAUUUGUUUAUGGUGCUCCGCUUUCUUCUCGCAAUGGUGUCCAGCGGAUACUUGGUGGUGGUGUUUGUCUACGUGACAGAGUUCACCGGAAGCAAGGUGCGCACCUGGACCUCCAUGCACGUGCACGCACACUUUGCCGUUGGCGUCAUGGUGGUGGCUCUGACCGGGUACCUGGUGCGGGUCUGGUGGAUCUACCAGAUCAUCCUCUCCACCUGCACCUCUCCCUUCCUGCUCUUCUGCUGGAAGUUCCCCGAGACGCCCUUCUACUUGUUGACAAAGGGCCGCUACAAGGAUGCUCAGGCCCUGCUGGACGCCAUGGCGCGUUUCAACGGGCUGGAAUGCCGGCUGAAGGCAGAGCAGCUGAUGGAGAUCGAGAAGAGCGACAAGGCCGCCGCUCUGCUGGAGCAGGAGGCGGAGGGCCAGCCGGCACAGCCGGAGAAGAAGCUGUCCAUCCUGGACCUGUUUGGCAGCUGGAGGAUGGCGGGCCGUACGUGCACGGUGUGGUCCAUCUGGUUUAUCGGCAGCCUGGGCUACUACGUCUUCUCUCUGGGUUCGGUCAGCCUGGGAGGAAAUCAGUACAUGAACCUCUUCCUUGUUGGUGCCGUGGAGUUGCCCUCCUACAUGGUUGGCUGCUUCGCCAUGGACCGGAUCGGGAGGAGGAUGACUUGUGCUCCGGCUCUGCUCCUGGCCGGGGUGACUUGUAUACUCAUCAUCGUGGUUCCUGAAAUAGAAGCCCUGGCUAUCGCCCUCAGCAUGAUUGGAAAGUUUGCCAUCGCCAUUGCCUUUGGCCUCAUCUACCUGUACACCUGUGAGCUCUAUCCAACAAUAAUCAGGUCUCUGGCAGUCGGUACUGGCAGCAUGAUGUGCCGUGUCGGCAGCGUGGUUGCACCUUUCUGCGUGUAUCUAGCUGAUGUCUGGCAGUACCUACCUCAAGUCAUUGUGGGAAUCCUGGCUUUCAUCAUCGGAGUGCUGACGUUGUUGUUGCCAGAGACUUUGGGUCAACCUCUGACAAACACCUUAGAAGAGGCCGAAUCUCUGGGACGAAAGCCCAAGACGAAGCAGUCUCCCCUGAGGAAUCGAGACGCCGAGGACGGGCUGGAGAUGAAACCAUAAGAAGGAAAGGAACGAGGAACCGAGCUGCCAAAAACCACAACACAACGUGGCUGAUUUAUUCGAUCGUUUUAAAGAGUGAAAACAAGAUUUAGUCACAAGUCUUAAAACGACUUUGUUGACAUGUUGCUCUUCAAGACGACCAACAAAUCUGUGCUUUAGGAACUUUUACAAACUUGCUUGCGUCCAUUCAGGCCUCAGUGCAUGAAAAGAUCAAAGAAAUAUUGAGGACAUAUUAUUUUAAUUUCAUUUCAGUUGUAAUAUCAUUUUUUCUACUUCUGUCAACACCAUUCUCAUCCAUUUACCUGUAAAUAUAUUGGACAUAACAACACUGCUGAGUCAGCAGAAAAUGAACCUUCAGGGAAUCAGACGCUUUAUUUAUGGGAACAUCACAGUUAAAUUAGACACUGUGUGAGAUUGCUUAUGUCUCUUUUUUUGUGUAAGGUUUCAUCACCGUAGUCUGACUGACGUUCUGCACUUCAGUGGCGUUUUUCCUAAAAGUCUUGAUGGUCAUAAUUCUUCUGCUUUUAAACAAAGGCGUCUGCGAUUUAGUUACCGCUCGAGGCCCUGUUUACAGGAUGAUGACUGAAUACGCCGUUUCAGUGUUUUUGUUUCAGAAAGGUUUCGUGUUCAGAUGUUACGUCAAUAGUGGGGGCUGUGGUUUUGUGUAACAACUACGAAUACGAGUGUAUUCACACCGAGAACAAGACGUCAAAUUCAAACUCCUGGUACACUUUAUGAGAAGCGUGGUUCAGUUCAAAAGGGCGAACAGCACAAAGCGCCUGGUUACAACAUUUUGAAAACUAAUUGCUAUGUGCAGAUCAUGACUGCGCCUUAGAUAUUUGAAUAGUUAUGCAUGCCCCAUAUUUAAUUUUACCUAUUAAAACAAUACCAUAAUGUUCAUAUCUCAAAGAAGUGCCUUUAAAAAAACAAAACAUAUACAGUGAGUCAGCAUUUAGCUGCUUUAAUC